AUGGCGAUCAGGCCACUGCAUACUCCUAAAAUCGUCAAAAAACACCGAAAACAGUGGCACAGGCAUCAAAGCGAUCUUUUCAAGCGGUUGGGUGACAAAUGGAGAAAACCGAAGGGUAUCGACAAUCGUGUUCGACGUCGUUUUAAGGGCCAGAUUCGUAUGCCCAAGAUCGGGUACGGUAGUGCAAAACGUACAAAGCACAUCCACCCAGAUGGCUUCAAACACGUUCUCAUCCACAACGUUAAGCUGGAGGUACUCAUGAUGCAGCAUCGGACACAUGCCGCAGUGAUCGCUCAUACAGUGGCUCGAAAGAAUCGUGUGAAAAUCGUCGAACGAGCAAAGCAAUUGAGUAUCCGUUGUGUCAACCCCAAUGCCGGUUUGCGCUCUGCCGAAAAUGAGUAA